ACAAACACUGUGCAAAGUGUGUCAAAUAUCAGCCGAUCAAUUGCAUAGUGCCAUACAUCCAGGGGGUGGCGGUCCACCUGAAUGUGAUGAAUUUAAAAAUGGAGGUUCUCCAUGAUUAGUUCCCUAGGCUAGAUGUGAUGAUAAAUGCACGCAGACGAAUUUGAUAUUACAAUUUCCAUCCAAAUCAUGUAGACAUCAUCAUCCAUUUCCUGUUUCUUGUUUUUGGGUUUCCACCCAAACUACAACAACCCAAAAGGAAAAUGGCAAUACCAUGGCCAUAUAUUAGGACCUAACUGACAUAUGUAGCAGGCAAGAAAGACAUUAAUUGGACCACCUUCAGCAAAACCACCCAAAAUCCGCUAGGUUCAUGGAAGAAGAAGAGUCACGAGAGCUUGUGCAUGGGAAAGAAAAUUCAGUAGAAGCCAAGUUGGAGCUCACCGUGGAUGAGGUGGUAGAAGGGUACGUGGGAUCCUUUGGGUUCUCCCAGCUGCUGCACGUGCUCUUGGUGUCAUUUGCAUGGAUAUUUGAUUCCCAGAACACUUUAAUCACCAUCUUUAGUGAUGCCAAACCAGCUGCUUGGAGAUGCAAAUCCUCGUUUGACCACAGUACCAAUGGAUCAAUAUCAUCGUCUUUGUGCAUGAUGGCUACUACAGCUAGCAACAAAGCGCAAACUGGUCCUGUUUGUGGAUUAGCAGCGGGGACUUGGGAGUGGAUUGGAGGAAAUACAACAUCCACGAUUGCUGAGUGGGGUCUUGUAUGCGACCGCAAGUUUCUUGCAGCUCUUCCUGCCUCCCUCUUCUUCGUCGGUUCAAUAAUUGGAUGUGCUUUCUAUGGUCGCCUUGCUGACGCAUGCUUGGGUAGAAAGAAAACAUUGCUGCUAGCAUGCAUCUUAACCUUCACAACCACUUUCAUCACCUCACUUUCACCAAAUGUUUGGAUAUAUGCACUUCUCCGUUUUGCAAAUGGUUUUGCUCGCUCUGGAAUUGGGAUAUGCUGUCUUGUUCUCUCAACAGAAGCUGUUGGCCGUAAAUGGCGUGGCCAAGUUGGCCAAUAUGGCUUCUUUUUCUUCACAGCGGGUUUUCUGUCUCUUCCUUUCAUUGCCCAUCCUACCAGAACCUGUUGGAGGAAUUCAUACAAGAUCAUAUCCCUUCUUCCUCUUAUCUACACCUUUGUAUUAGUCGCUUUUGUAUCAGAGUCACCCCGCUGGCUGCUUGUUCGAGGGAAAAACGAAGAAGCAGUCGCCGUAUUAGAAAAGUUAGCAAGACUCAACGGGAAGAAAUUACCUGACAAUUUACAGCUCAUAAUUCCAUCUGAAGCAAAAAUGGCCAGUGAAGGUCAAAGAGAUGCAGCAGCUAAUGAUAAAACUCAGAAUCUAUGGACCGUGAAAUGGGCUGCAAAGAGGAUGAUUACGAUUAUGAUAGCUGGUUUUGGAGUUGGAUUUGUUUAUUAUGGGAUCCAGCUAAAUGUCGAAAACCUCAACUUCAAUCUGUACUUCACAGUUGUACUUAAUGCACUGAUGGAAAUUCCUGCUGUUUUUGUUGGUAGCGUGCUAUUGAGCUUCACAAACCGACGUCUGCUUUUCUCACUGUCUGCAUUUUUAGCUGGAGUUUCGAGUAUUCUUUGCAUCCUUUUCUCGGCCAGCUCUAGGGGCAAAGCAAGGGCUGAUGGAUCCGGUGGGAGUUGGCCUCAAUUGACAAUUGAAGCAAUUGGUUUCAUGGCUGCUUCUGUUGCGUUCGAUGUCUUGUAUAUUUACUGCGUUGAGCUUUUCCCCACUAACGUCAGAAACUUUGCAGUGUCACUAUUGCGCCAAGCCUUGAUGUUAGGGGCUUCCUUAGCUCCUUUACUGGUCGUUGUUGGUCGCUUGAGCCCAUCUCUUUCCUUCGUUGUAUUCGGGGCGUUUUCCAUCCUUAGCGGAAUUCUAAGUCUAUGGCUUCCUGAGACUAGGAAUUCUCCUCUUUAUGAGACCCUAGAGCAGCAAGAAGACGAAGAGAAACUUCAUUGUCUAUCGAGUGACUUAAGAGGUGUGGAGCUAGGAAACGAGAAAAAGGUCCGCCUAUGAUCUACCCUAAAACUAUUUUAAGAAAGGAAUUGUAAUCAUGCUUGGGAAUAGAUAGAUUUAAGCAAUCAAGAAAG